CUUUCACUCGCUCCUCUCCCUGGCUACGCCUCUAGUUUAUUGGUAUACUCCUCUCGCCGGGAUCCAGAACCCUAAUUUUUGAAAAGCGGAGGAGCGAAGAUGAGAGAGAUCCUUCACAUCCAAGGCGGGCAGUGCGGGAACCAGAUCGGGGCCAAGUUUUGGGAGGUAAUCUGCGACGAACACGGCAUCGACGGCACUGGGAAGUACACCGGCGAUUCGGACCUCCAGCUCGAGAGGAUCAACGUCUAUUACAAUGAGGCCAGCGGUGGGCGCUACGUCCCUCGCGCGGUGCUCAUGGAUCUUGAGCCCGGAACUAUGGAUUCCGUCCGAUCUGGGCCCUUUGGCCAGGUUUUUAGACCGGAUAACUUCGUCUUCGGCCAGUCCGGUGCUGGUAACAAUUGGGCCAAAGGGCAUUACACGGAGGGUGCUGAGCUCAUUGACUCGGUGCUUGAUGUGGUUAGGAAGGAGGCAGAGAACUGCGACUGCUUGCAGGGGUUCCAAGUGUGCCAUUCUUUGGGAGGAGGUACUGGGUCAGGCAUGGGGACCCUUCUCAUCUCAAAGAUCAGGGAGGAAUAUCCUGAUAGAAUGAUGCUUACCUUCUCAGUGUUCCCCUCUCCCAAGGUGUCUGAUACAGUUGUCGAGCCAUACAAUGCUACACUGUCAGUUCAUCAACUUGUUGAGAAUGCUGACGAAUGUAUGGUACUUGACAACGAAGCACUGUAUGAUAUCUGUUUCCGCACCUUGAAGCUUUCAAAUCCUACUUUUGGUGAUCUCAAUCACUUAAUCUCUGCUACAAUGAGCGGUGUCACUUGCUGUCUUCGCUUCCCUGGACAGCUUAAUUCUGACCUUCGGAAGCUUGCAGUCAACCUCAUCCCUUUUCCCCGUCUCCACUUUUUCAUGGUAGGAUUUGCACCUCUCACAUCAAGGGGUUCGCAACAAUAUCGGGCUCUCACUGUUCCUGAAUUAACCCAACAAAUGUGGGAUGCCAAGAAUAUGAUGUGUGCUGCUGAUCCUCGCCAUGGCCGAUACUUGACCGCUUCAGCCAUGUUCCGUGGGAAGAUGAGCACUAAGGAAGUUGACGAGCAAAUGCUCAAUGUGCAGAACAAGAAUUCAUCCUACUUUGUGGAGUGGAUACCAAACAACGUGAAGUCCAGUGUGUGUGAUAUUCCACCCAAGGGACUCAAGAUGGCAUCUACUUUCAUUGGCAACUCGACCUCCAUCCAAGAAAUGUUCAGGAGGGUUAGCGAACAAUUCACAGCCAUGUUCAGGAGGAAAGCUUUCUUGCAUUGGUACACUGGAGAAGGUAUGGACGAGAUGGAGUUCACGGAGGCUGAGAGCAACAUGAAUGAUCUGGUGGCUGAGUACCAGCAGUAUCAAGAUGCAACUGCAGAGGAUGAAGAGUACGAGGAAGGGGAAGGCGAGGAGGUGCUGGAAGGCUGAGUAAUCCUCCCCUAUAUUAUUAAAAAAUUGUUUGCCUUGUUUGCUUGGCUUGCGAGGGAUUUGGUUUCUACUGUUAGAUAUAUGCUUCUAUGCUUGUUGAGAUUGAAUUAAUUGUGAUGUUGAGACUUCUGGAUUCUUGACUCUGGCCAUGAAUCCACUUUGAUGCCUUGUUUGCUUGGCUUGCGAGGGAUUUGGUUUCUACUGUUAGAUAUAUGCUUCUAUGUUUGUUGAGAUUGAAUUGAUUGUGAUGUUGAGACUUC